UCCAAAAUCCUCCUCAGUCGAAUUCGCGUCGUCGAGGCAAGAGCAUUGCCCGUGGCUCAAGGUUUGACAUGCACAGCUGGACAAUCGGACAUCGCCUAGCCAUCCAGAGCUGAAGCUAAAUCCGAGCAAGGGAAGUCGGGAUUGGGAAUCAGAAUCGAAAUCGGAGGAGAUGCAGAUUACCCUGGUGGUGGACUUACGCUGAGCCUGCAGCUGCCUUCUUGCUCCAAAGACUUCAUCCGUGUUUUCGUCGUUGUUGUUGUACAGUUUUUCCGCCGUGGAAUUUGUCGAGGCGGAAAAGCGAGAAGAAGCAGCGACGCGAAGCCCUCAAAGUGUCGACGAAAAUCGUUAAAAAAUAGAAAAACACACGGCGACUAUGUCACGACGCGCUUGAAGAGCCCCAUCCUCGCCGAGGGAGAUAUUGAGAUUGAGCGAGAUCCACACCUCAGUAGGCACUACUUCGCCACCCACACCGUAAAUCUGCGCCCACCCACAGGAAGCUCAGGAUUCGCAUGGACAAAGGCACAAUGAAGCGCAAGCAGCGGAGAUACAGAACCACAUUUAACACACUGCAACUGCAGGAGCUGGAAAGGGCGUUUCAGCGAACGCACUAUCCGGACGUGUUUUUCCGGGAGGAGCUGGCCGUGAGGAUCGACUUGACGGAGGCAAGGGUGCAGGUAUGGUUCCAGAACCGGCGGGCCAAGUGGCGCAAGCAGGAGAAGAUCGGUGGCCUUGGCGGAGAUUAUAAGGAGGGAACGCUGGAUCUCGAUGUGGCCUACGACGAUAGCGCUGUGCUGGGCCAACUGGAUAGUGCACUGGGUGGAGGUGGAACCCUAUUGCCGGAUACUCCACCGCAAUCCUCGAACUCCCUUGAUAAUGAACUCAAGGCCUCCUACGGCACGGGGGUCAUGUCGCCCUCCAGGCUAUCGCCGAAUAUAUUUCUCAACCUCAACAUUGACCACCUGGGACUGGAAAGGGGUGGCAGCGGCCUCUCCAUGGAGUGGUCCACAUAUCCUCCUCAAACGCAAGCGCAUACACAACCGCAGAUGGACUCCGAUAAUCAGCUCCAGCAGCACCCGCCUCAACAGCUUCCAUCCGAUCCGAUUCACGCCGAGAGUUCGAGUCAUCACCACCAGCAGCAGCAGCAGCAGCAGCAGCAGCAGCAGCAGAAUCCCCAGCUUCAUCCGGGUCUUGAGUUCGCUGCGUCGUUGAGCUUGGACAUGACCGAUGGCUCCUCCGCCUACGACGAGAUGAAGUUUCUCAGCGUGGACGUGGACCAAUUCACGAUCGACAGCUUCAAGGCGGACUGCAUUCUCAGCAUGGAGCAGUCCCAGAUGCAGGUCUACGGGACGCACUCCCAGCUGGUCGGAUCCUCCAAUGAACUGUGUCUGGAGGGGAUCGGCAUGCCCUCCUUCGGCAUGGAGGAGGGCGAGCCGAAGACGCCUCCUUCUCUUUUGGUGCUGGACAAGUCGCUGCCCUCGUUGAGCAUAGGAGUCGAAGGAAUCGCUGAUCUUGUAGAGCAACUGCAUCAUCACCAGCAUGAGGGCGGCCCAGUGGGGGGUAGUGUCAUCACUAGCGACGUUUUGUGAAUCCAACUUAGGCGAAUUCUCUGCAGUGUAACGUAUUUCUAUAUAAAGGAAAUCCAAGCUCCACUUCCUAACCUACUGCAAGAAAAGUGUGGAUCGGGGGAGGGGAAGUGCGAAACCUGCGCUAGUUAUAUUUUUGUUUUCUAGUCAAUGUUAAUGCCUAAGUUCAAGACCAAACAAGGUCGCCACACUUGACUACAAAUAUUUGGGAGCUCGGUUUACGAAAAUGUUAGUACUAAAUAUUAGUUUUUCAGAAGUUGUAUUACUUACGUACUGGAAAUGUGUCUUGACUAACAGAAAAGUGGUUUACUGUAAAUUAAUGAUUAAAAAUUUAUAGCAUUUGAAUACAAAUUUCUGAUUUAAAUAGAGUAACAGAAUUGAAAUAUAA